CGCGAGUAGCGGUCGAGUAGGUCCAUGGUUUCGUCUGCCGGCAGCGUGAAACUCGCUGUAAUACAAAGAAAUGCUCCGCUCCUUGGCGUCGUCAAUUUUGUCCGCGAUUCCUCGCCUGCCGACUCAACUCAGUCAGCUGUUCCCGGUCCGGACCCCUCUGGUCUCUCAAGUUCGAUACAAACGAUACCGACAUUACUCUGGCGCACUCAACGACUGCCUGAUCAAGGAUCGUAAUUUAGAACUCAUGCACUAUUGUGGCCCACCGAUAAUACGCCCGAAGCCUCGCUGCAUUAUCGAUUACAAGCCACAGAUGAAAGGAGUAGUUUUGAAGACUGUCAUCAAGAAGCCCAAAAAGCCGAAUUCAGCGAAUCGGAAGUGCGUUCUAGUGAAGCUUUCAAACGGGAAGGAAGCCACAGCGUAUGUUCCGGGUAUAGGACACAACCUCCAAGAGCAUUCUGUCGUAUUGGUGAGGAAAGGUCGAACGAAGGAUGUUCCCGGUCUGAAGCUCAAAGUGGUCCGCGGGAAAUACGAUUGCGCGCACGUCGCUCCGCGUACUGGCGCAUGAGAAGACAGAAGGGUUCUGGCGUGCUGUAGCGUGUAAGAGAAAUGAUAGUUCCGCAUGAAUAAAUCUAUACAUAUGUU